AUGCAGCAGCAAGGCCGCAGUCUAGCAAAAUCUUACCCUUAUUUCAUCUCAAGGAUGAGCUUCACAUACCGUGUGGUUACGACCCACCGGAACCGUUCAGGAGAAGGCUUAGGGAAAAUAAUCCAAAGAUUUCCCUUAAAUGAUUUGGAUGACACUCCUUUUCCACAGGGAAUAGAGUUGUUUUGUCAGCCUGGAGGAUGGCAUCUGUCCAGAGAGAGGAAGCAGCCUACGUUCUUUGUUGUGGUUUUGACGGAUAUAAACUCUGAACGGCACUACUGCUCUUGCCUCACUUUCUACGAGGCUGAGAUCAACCUUCAGGGGACAAGAGAAACUGAAGGAGAGGAAGACUCUGGUUUGAUUCAGCCAGCAGAAGUAUUUGCUCCCAAAAGCCUGGUGUUGGUGUCCAGAUUAGAUUAUGCAGAAAUCUUCAGGGCUUGCCUUGGCUUGGUCUACACUGUGUACGUGGACAACCUGAAUGUCUCAUUGGAAAGCCUCAUUGCAAAUAUUUGUUCAUGCUUUGUCCCUGCUGCUGGAGGGUCACAGAAGCUAUUUUCUCUGGGAGCAGGAGACAGGCAGCUGGUACAAACACCUUUGCACGAUAGUCUUCCUGUUACAGGGACUAGCGUGGCUCUGCUGUUUCAGCAAUUGGGAAUUCAAAAUGUGCUGAGCCUGUUCUGUGCAGUCCUUACAGAAAACAAGAUCCUUUUUCAUUCUGCAAGUUACCAAAGACUGAGUGAUGCCUGUAGAGCUCUAGAGUCUCUAAUGUACCCCCUAAAAUACAGUUACCCGUACAUUCCAAUCCUCCCUGCGCAGCUGCUAGAAGUUCUUAGUUCACCCACACCAUUUAUUAUUGGCGUGCAUUCUGUCUUCUGUAAUGACAUUCAUGAACUUUUAGAUGUAAUCAUAGCAGACUUGGAUGGCGGUACAAUUAAAAUUCCUGAAUGUAUUCAUCUCUCCCAGCUCCCAGAACCUCUGCUCUGUCAAACUCAGACUGCUCUCUCUUUAGUUUUACAUCCAGAUUUGGAAACAGCAGAUUACGCAUUUCCUCCACCACGAUCAGCUCUAUCACAUUCCAAAAUGUUGGAUAAAGAGGUGCGAGCAGUCUUUCUUAGGUUAUUUGCACAGCUUUUUCAAGGAUACAGAUCUUGCCUUCAGCUUAUCCGGAUUCAUUCGGAACCUGUCAUAAACUUUCACAAGGCAGCCUUCCUGGGCCAACGAGGCUUGAUAGAGAAUGAUUUCCUUACCAAAGUUCUGCACGGAAUGGCGUUUGCUGGUUUUGUGUCAGAUAGAGGCCCUCCCUACAGAUCAUGUGAUCUCUUUGAUGAGUUGGUAGCAUUUGAAGUUGAGAGAAUUAAAUCUGAGGAAAGCCAUUCAUCAAAAAUGUUAAAACACGUCAGAGAGCUUGCAGAGCAGCUGUUCAAAAAUGAGAAUCCAAAUCCUCACAUGGCAUUUCAGAAAGUUCCGCGACCUACAGAAGGAUCACAUCUGCGAGUUCAUGUACUUCCUUUCCCCAAGAUUAAUGAGGCUCAAGUUCAGGACCUAAUCCAGGAAGGCUUGGCUAAGAACCAUAGUGUACCAUCUGCUAUUCGGGUAGAAAGGAAAUGUGUUGUUCCUGCUGGCCCGCCUGUUGUUUCCAUAAUAGAAAAGUCAAGCACAGUUUUCAACAGCGCUCAAAGGCUGGAAGUGGUUAGAAAUUGCAUCUCUUCUAUAUUUGAAAAUAAAAUUUUGGAGACUGAAAAGACUCUGCCUGCUGCACUGAGAGCCCUUAAAGGAAAAGCAGCUCGACUGUGUUUAACACAGGAACUAAGCCUUCAUGUUCAACAAAACCGAGCAAUACUGGACCAUCAGCAGUUUGAUUAUAUAAUACGAAUGAUGAACUGCACUUUACAGGAUUGUUCAACUUCAGAGGAAUAUAACAUUGCCGCAGCACUACUGCCAUUAACAACUGCUUUCUAUAGGAAAUUAGCACCGGGAGUCAGUCAGUUUGCUUAUACCUGUGUACAAGACCACCCAAUAUGGGCUAACCAGCAGUUCUGGGAAACGACAUUUUAUAGUGAAGUGCAAAAUCAAAUCCGUUCCCUCUACCUCUCAGCUAAGGAAGACAAUCAUCCACAACACUUAAAGCAGAAGGAAAAAAUUUCUGAGGGCCAAGCGCAAGAAAAAACAGCCAUGGAUUUGGCUGCUGAGCAAUUGCAUCUGUGGCCAACACUUAGUAAAGAGACUCAGCAACAGCUGGUACAAAGUGAGGAAAGCAUGGUUUUCAGCCAGGCAAUUCAUUUUGCGAACCUCAUGGUUUAUCUGCUAGUGCCACUGGACACAAGUAAAAACAAACUGUUGAGAACCACUGUUGCAGGAGACUGGGAGAGUGGAAGCAAUAGCAUCGUCACAAAUAGUAUUGCUGGAAGUGUUGCAGAGAGCUAUGACACUGAAAGUGGAUUUGAGGAUUCUGAGAACAAUGAUAUUGCCAAUGCAGUUGUGCGCUUCAUUACCAGAUUCAUAGACAAGGUUUGUACGGAAAGUGGCGUGACGCAGGAUCACAUCAGAAGUCUUCAUUGUAUGAUACCAGGGAUUGUAGCAAUGCACAUUGAGACCCUGGAGUCAGUCCACCGGGAAAGUAGAAGAUUGCCACCAAUACAGAAGCCCAAGAUUCUACGGCCAGCUUUGCUACCCGGGGAAGAGUUUGUGGGUGAAGGUCUCCGUGUGCUCCUGGAUCCCGAUGGCAGAGAGGAAGCAACCGGAGGAUUGCUUGGAGGCCCUCACAUUCUCCCUGCAGAAGGAGCUUUAUUCCUUACUACAUACAGAGUUAUAUUUAAAGGCUCACCUCAUGAUCAACUAGUGGGAGAACAGACAGUUAUUCGGAGCUUCCCCAUCGCCUCAAUAACUAAGGAGAAGAAAAUUACCAUCCAGAAUCAGCUUCAACAGAGUAUGCAGGAAGGCCUGCAGGUCACCUCAGCUUCCUUUCAGCUGAUUAAGGUAGCUUUUGAUGAAGAAGUGAGCCCUGAAGUUGUAGAGAUGUUUAAGAAACAGCUAAUGAAGUUUCGCUACCCCCAGUCCAUCUUUAGCACUUUUGCUUUUGCAGCUGGUCAGACUGCACCUCAGAUAAUUUUACCAAAGCAAAAGGAAAAGAACACUUCCUUUCGCACUCUUUCAAAGACAAUUGUAAAAGGAGCUAAACGUGCAGGGAAAAUGACAAUUGGCCGACAGUACUUGCUAAAGAAGAAGACAGGGACAAUUGUAGAAGAAAGGGCGAAUCGUUCUGGGUGCAAUGAGGAGGAUGAUAUCUCAGUUUCAGAUGACAGUGAAAUGCCCACCAGUGGUACUUUGAAGGCAUCAGAGAAAUCAACAAUGGAGCAGCUAGUGGAGAGAGCUUGUUUCAGAGAUUAUCAGCGUUUGGGACUUGGGACCAUCAGCAAUAGCUCUUCUCGCUCAAAAACAGAGUACUUCCGAAUAACUGCAUUGAAUAGGAUGUAUUCUCUUUGUAGAAGCUAUCCAGGGCUACUAGUGGUACCUCAGUCUGUGCAAGACAGCAGCUUGCAGAGAGUAGCACGCUGUUAUCGACACAAUCGCCUACCCGUUGUCUGUUGGAAAAACCCCAAAACCAGCACACUCCUGCUUCGAGCUGGUGGCUUUCAUGGCAAAGGAGUUGUUGGCCUUUUCAAAUCUCAAAAUUCACAAACAACAGCUCCUACUUCACUAGAAUCAUCAAGCAGCAUAGAACAAGAGAAAUACCUGCAAGCCUUAUUGAAUGCAAUUUCAGUCCAUAGCAAAAUGAAUGGCAGUAACACUCUCACUGUCAGGCCAACGAUUGCUUUGUCUCCAGGCACUGAAAAGAGGGCUUCAAGAAUGUCCACUGUGUUUAAGCAGGUAGUGCCAGGACAUUUGGAUGUAAAUCUAUCCAAUAGCUUUGCCCGAGGAGUGCUUGGGUACAGAGAUAAAUGUUUCACUCAUUCAAAUACCAAAUCAGGAAGAGUCUAUCAAGGUAUGUGGGCGAGUCUUCGUUCUAGCAGUCGGUUUAUCAGCACUCAGAUGCCGUUCCUUGAUGUGGGUGCAAGACUAGCUGGGAAAGACGGUUCGCCUUCCUAUAACAGCAGUAGUGCAUAUUUUCAAAACCAGCUCCUGAAGCGCCAAGCUGCCCUCUACAUAUUUGGAGAAAAAUCUCAACUAAGGGGCUUCAAACUUGAUUUUGCUUUAAAUUGUGAAUUUGUUCCAGUGGAGUUCAGUGACAUUCGACAAGUGAAAGCUAGCUUUAAAAAGCUCAUGAGUGCUUGUGUUCCUAGCAAUAUUCCUGCGGAUUCUGAAAUAACAUUCCUCAAAGCGCUUGGAGAAUCAGAGUGGUUCCCACAGCUUCAUAGGAUAAUGCAGUUGGGGGUGAUUAUAUCAGAGCUGCUUGAGAAUGGCUCUUCAGUUUUGGUUUGUCUUGAAGAUGGCUGGGAUAUCACCACACAGGUGGUUUCCCUUGUGCAGUUACUCAGCGAUCCCUUCUAUCGAACGCUUGAAGGUUUCAGAAUGCUAGUGGAAAAAGAAUGGCUCUCCUUUGGUCACAAGUUCAGCCAGCGUAGUAAUUUGACCCUCAAUUGUCAGGGGAGUGGAUUUGCUCCUGUCUUUUUGCAGUUCUUGGACUGUGUGCACCAGAUUCAUAAUCAGUAUCCAACAGAGUUUGAGUUCAAUCAGUAUUAUCUGAAGUUCUUAGCAUUUCACUAUGUUUCUAAUCGAUUUAAAACAUUCCUUCUGGACUCAGACUAUGAAAGACUAGAACAUGGGACCCUCUUUGAGGAUAAAGGGGAAAAGCAUAGCAAGAAAGGAAUUUGCAUGUGGGACUGCAUUGAUAAAAUACAUAAAAGGAGUCCUGUUUUCUUCAAUUAUCUCUAUGCACCAACUGAAACAGAGGCAUUAAAACCAAAUGUGAACAUGUCCAGUCUUAAAAGGUGGAGUUACUACACAGAGGAAACCUUAGCCACCGGUCCUUCCUAUGACUGGGAAAUGGUAACUUCAAAAUGUAGCACCUUGGAUGACUGUGAUCAGGUGGAUAUAUCCCAAAGUAAAAGAAAAAUUGUCUGGCCAUGUUAUGACAACAUAAACAAAGUGCAACCUGAUGCCAUUACCAGCCUAUUGAAUGAAAUCGGAAGAUUGGAGAACAAAUUAAACCAAAGCCCAGAAAGGUGGCAGCCAUUGUGGGGAAAAGUCAAAGUGAAUAUUAAGGAAGAUACUAGACACGACAAUCAUCGGAGACAUCCUUCUGGCUCUUCAGCAGUAAUGUCUGCCAAUCUGCAUUCCUAUCAGAAGAGAUCUUUGUUGCAUCUACCCGACAGCGGACUGGGUGAAGAUCAAAGCACCAACACUUCACCCUCCAAUGGUGUGGAAAGAAGAGUAACUACGCUGUACAAUCAAUUCACAUCAAAAAAUGAUGAAAAUAGGUCAUUUGAAGGUACACUUUACAAAAGAGGAGCUUUGUUAAAAGGCUGGAAACCUCGCUGGUUCGUAUUGGAUGUUACCAAACAUCAGCUAAGGUAUUACGAUUCUGUGGAAGAUGCAUGCUGUAAAGGGCAUAUUGACCUUGCAGAAGUAGAAACUGUAAUCCCAGCAUCGCCGACAAUUGGUGCUCCAAAGCAUGCCAGUGAUAAAGCAUUCUUCGAUCUGAAGACAAGCAAGCGUGUGUAUAAUUUUUGUGCCCAAGAUGCCCACAGUGCCCAGCAAUGGAUGGACAGAAUACAGAGCUGCAUUUCAGAUGCAUAAUACGGAAUCUCUUGGCACUGUCUGCUGUGUGAAGGAAAUGCUCUCCAUAUAUGCGAGAAAGUAACAUUUGAUUAAGGGGGGGACCCUUUUGCAGAUCAAGCAGCCUUAUAUUACA